ACGAUAAACAUAACCAAACAUUUUCCUCUUCCAAACAAACAAAAAUCUCCUUUUUGUUUAUCAACAAUUUUAUGUGAUUUCCCGGAAAUGUCCGGCUACGAUACACACGACGAUGGUCCAGGAUUCGUAGGAAUCCGUUUCUGCCAGGAAUGCAACAACAUGUUGUACCCUAAAGAGGAUAAGGACAACAAAAUCCUCCUAUAUGCCUGCCGGAAUUGCGACUACAAGCAAGUAGCAGACUCCAAUUGUAUCUAUGUCAACAAGAUUAUGCACGAAAUUGAUGAACUUACACACAUCGUCCCUGAUGUGAUCUCAGACCCAACGCUUCCGCGAACGGAAGAUCAUGCGUGCCCAAAAUGCGGGCACCAAGAGGCGGUCUUCUUCCAGGCACAGACGCGGCGUGCUGAAGAGGAAAUGCGACUGUACUAUGUGUGCACCAAUCAAAACUGCACCCAUCGAUGGACAGAGUAGAGGUCAGCAAUUAAAUUUCUCCAUUCGCGGCUGUACCGAGAAAACGUGUCGCGAAACUAGAAAUUCUGGUCUGCAAAAAUUUAUUCGUCUAUUCUAUUGUCCGGCUCGAUGAUUUUCUAACGCAGAUCUUUGAUUUUUUUUCUUUUCUCUGCAUUAUGUAUUUUGUCAGCUUAAGGAGAGAAAUAUAAUGAGAAAACUGCAACUAGUA